AUGCGCGUCAUUGCCCUCCUCUCGGCCCUGUGUGCCGCAGCUCUGGUCCAGGCCGAUUUCCACACGGCGCAAAUCUAUGUCCAGCCCGUCGAAAACUCCGAGUCACCCAGCCUCCUCGCCGAAGUGGCAUACGAUCCUAGCAUCAGCGGGUCUUCUUCCAUCAUCUCCUACGAAGCUCCCGAAAUCCCGGAGUCUACACAGCUGGUCCGCGUCGGGUUGUACGACGUCAAGUCUGCGCGGUGGAUAUCUGGCACAACUGUUGCCUCGGUGGACAACUUUGGCAAGGGCUUCUCACCCAAUUUGGUACUCUCAGUAGAUGAAAAGGGCGAGCUUCUCAGUGCUGCUCUCAAGGGCGUAAGGAUCGAUGCGGGCCAGACGAGGGACUUUGGCCCGCAAGCGGUGGUGCUGCCGGUGCUCAAGGGCAAGCAGCCAGAGCUGAACAAGCCAAUUGUUCUAUCGCCAGAGGGGAAGAAGGUUGAGGAGGUUGAGAAGACGCCCCUUCAAAAAUACUGGUGGGUGAUUGCCAUUAUUGUUUUCCUGGCAGUGAGUGGAGGAGGCAGCGAGAAAUAG